CCGUGGCUUCGAAGUCAUAGAUGCCAUCAAGGCACGCACGCGUGGAAUCACUUUGCAGGGGGACUGUGUCUUGCGCCGACAUCCUUGGCCUUGCAACUCGAGAAAGUGUCGCACUGUUUGGAGGACCGUCUUGGGCGGUAUUUCUAGGCCGCGGGGGCGCGAGGACGACAAGCCAGGCCUCCGCCACGGCGAACCUUCCGCCGCCCAGCGCGAGCUUAUCCGGCCUCGUUUCCUCGUUCGCCUCCAAGGGACUCGCUCCCUGGGACGUGAUCUCGCUCUCCGGCGCACACACCGUAGGCCAAGCACGCUGCACCAGCUGCCGCCCCCCGCAUCUACGGCGACAGAAACGUCGACAGCGGAGGGACCGCAUACUCGAGACGAUCUCUCGACACGGAAUUAGAUGGAGUCUCGAAAUUUCUAUCAGUCGUCCCUCCGACGUUCACGGCAUUAUUUGAUUCAUUAUUCUCUAAUAUUACCAUACGGAAUUAGAUGCUUAUAGUAAUAGAGAGAAUAAUGAAUCAAAUAAUGCUGUGAACGGCACG